GCUGCUGUGCCCAACAUUAUUCGUUCUCUCACAUUUGCAGCAACCUAACCCUAGGUUGAACUCUACCCUCUCAUUUUAUCUCUCUCUCUUCCCAAAUUCUCGUCAGAAUUAAAGCGAACUAUGUCUGGUAAAGGAGAAGGUCCGGCGAUUGGAAUAGAUCUCGGUACCACGUACUCUUGUGUCGGAGUAUGGCAACAUGAUCGUGUUGAGAUCAUCGCCAAUGAUCAGGGUAACAGAACGACGCCGUCUUACGUCGCUUUCACCGAUUCCGAGAGGUUGAUCGGUGAUGCUGCUAAGAAUCAGGUCGCUAUGAACCCUAUCAACACCGUUUUCGAUGCAAAGCGGUUGAUUGGGAGAAGAUUUAGCGAUGCUUCAGUCCAGAGUGACAUGAAACUCUGGCCGUUUAAGGUCAUCCCUGGCCCUGGUGACAAGCCUAUGAUUGUUGUCUCAUACAAGGGCGAAGACAAGCAAUUUGCCGCAGAGGAGAUUUCAUCAAUGGUUCUUAUUAAGAUGAAGGAAAUUGCAGAUGCCUUCCUUGGAAUAACAGUGAAGAACGCAGUUGUCACUGUUCCUGCCUACUUCAACGACUCUCAGCGUCAGGCUACAAAAGAUGCUGGAGUUAUUGCUGGUCUUAAUGUCAUGCGAAUUAUUAAUGAGCCUACUGCUGCUGCCAUUGCCUAUGGUCUUGACAAGAAGGCCACCAGUGUGGGUGAAAAGAACGUGCUCAUCUUCGAUCUUGGAGGUGGUACUUUUGAUGUCUCUCUACUUACCAUUGAAGAGGGUAUUUUUGAAGUUAAAGCCACUGCUGGUGAUACCCAUCUUGGUGGUGAGGAUUUCGACAACAGGAUGGUUAACCACUUUGUGCAAGAGUUUAAGAGGAAGCACAAGAAGGACAUCAGUGGGAACCCAAGAGCCCUCAGGAGGUUGAGAACAUCAUGUGAGAGGGCAAAGAGGACUCUUUCAUCUACUGCUCAAACCACGAUUGAGAUUGACUCUCUUUACGAAGGAGUUGACUUCUAUACAACCAUUACCCGUGCCCGUUUUGAAGAAUUGAACAUGGAUUUGUUUAGGAAGUGUAUGGAGCCUGUUGAGAAAUGUUUGAGAGACGCUAAGAUGGACAAGAGCACUGUCCACGAUGUGGUUCUUGUUGGUGGUUCAACCAGAAUUCCCAAGGUCCAGCAGCUAUUGCAAGAUUUCUUCAACGGCAAAGAGCUCUGCAAAAGCAUCAACCCCGAUGAGGCUGUUGCUUACGGAGCUGCUGUUCAAGCUGCUAUCUUGAGUGGUGAGGGUAACGAGAAGGUGCAAGAUUUGUUGCUUCUUGAUGUCACUCCUCUUUCUCUCGGUUUGGAAACAGCCGGUGGUGUUAUGACAGUUUUAAUCCCAAGGAAUACAACCAUCCCAACCAAGAAGGAACAAGUGUUCUCUACCUAUUCAGACAACCAACCUGGAGUGUUGAUCCAGGUAUACGAGGGAGAAAGGACAAGAACCCGUGACAACAACUUGCUGGGCAAAUUUGAGCUUUCUGGUAUUCCACCAGCUCCCAGGGGUGUUCCUCAGAUUACUGUGUGCUUUGAUAUUGAUGCGAAUGGUAUUUUGAAUGUGUCUGCUGAGGACAAAACUACUGGGCAGAAGAACAAGAUCACUAUCACAAAUGACAAGGGCAGGCUCUCAAAGGAAGAGAUUGAGAAGAUGGUUCAAGAAGCUGAGAAGUACAAGUCCGAGGAUGAGGAACACAAGAAGAAGGUUGAGUCAAAGAAUGCUUUGGAGAACUAUGCCUACAACAUGAGGAACACCGUAAAGGAUGAGAAAAUCAGCUCCAAACUUGCUGAGGCUGACAAGAAGAAGAUUGAGGAAGCCAUCGAUAAUGCCAUCCAGUGGCUGGACAGCAACCAGCUUGCUGAGGCUGAUGAGUUUGAUGACAAGAUGAAAGAGCUUGAGGGUAUUUGCAACCCAAUCAUUGCCAAGAUGUACCAAGGUGCUGGUGGUGAGGGAGGUGUUCCCAUGGAUGAUGAUGUACCUUCUGCUGGCGCUAGCAGUGGUGCCGGUGCCGGACCCAAGAUUGAAGAGGUCGACUAAGUUUUGCCAUGGUGACAGAUUUUUGAAGAUAUCUAUUUUUAAAUUUUUAUGCUGAUAUGAAACAGUAGUUAUUUCUAUUCAAACUUUGCUAGCGGUGCUCGUUUUUUAAAUGAGCUGUAACCCGCCAUUAUCUCUUAUAUUUUGGAGUAUUGCUACUUGAUAUCGAAGACUUCUUCCGUUUUCUAGUAA